CAUCACAUUUCAGCCAUGGCGGAGCUCAAGCUCUCAGAGAGUCGAGACCUGACCCGAAUAGAGCGCAUAGGCGCACACUCCCACAUCCGCGGCCUCGGCCUCGAUUCUGCCCUAGAAGCCCGCGACGUCUCCCAAGGCAUGGUGGGCCAGACUUCCGCCCGAAAGGCCGCUGGCGUCAUUCUCCAGAUGAUCAAGGAAGGAAAAAUCGCGGGUCGGGCUGUUCUUCUGGCGGGUCAGCCGGGAACCGGCAAGACCGCCAUCGCCAUGGGCAUGGCGAAGUCGCUCGGCCUCGAAACCCCGUUCGCGAUGUUGGCCGGAAGCGAGCUCUUUUCUCUGGAGAUGUCGAAGACCGAAGCCCUAAUGCAAGCUUUUAGGAAAGCCAUUGGGGUUAGAAUCAAGGAAGAGACUGAGAUCAUCGAGGGCGAGGUCGUGGAGGUUCAAAUUGACCGGCCUGCGGUGGCCGGAGCAGCUUCGAAGACGGGGAAAUUGACGCUGAAGACAACGGAGAUGGAGACUGUGUACGACUUGGGGGCCAAGAUGAUUGAGGCUUUGGGGAAGGAGAAGGUGCAGAGUGGGGAUGUGAUUGCCAUCGAUAAAGCUUCUGGGAAGAUUACCAAGCUUGGUAGGUCAUUUUCGAGGUCAAGGGACUACGAUGCCAUGGGACCGCAGGUUAAAUUUAUGCAGUGCCCGGACGGGGAGUUGCAGAAGCGCAAGGAGGUUGUGCAUUGCGUCACACUUCAUGAGAUUGAUGUCAUCAACAGCAGGACACAGGGAUUUCUGGCUCUCUUUACCGGUGAUACUGGUGAAAUCCGCUCAGAAGUGAGAGAACAAAUUGACACAAAGGUAGCAGAGUGGAGGGAGGAAGGGAAGGCAGAAAUUGUACCAGGUGUUCUCUUUAUUGAUGAGGUGCACAUGCUUGACAUUGAGUGCUUUUCAUUUUUGAAUCGUGCAUUGGAGAAUGAGAUGGCUCCCAUAUUAGUUGUUGCUACCAACAGAGGAAUCACUACAAUCAGAGGCACAAAUUAUAAAUCCCCUCAUGGAAUUCCUAUUGAUCUCCUUGAUCGACUGCUUAUUAUCACCACCCAGCCUUACACAGAGGAUGAAAUUAGUAAGAUUCUGAACAUCAGAUGCCAAGAAGAAGAAGUCGAGAUGUCCGAAGAAGCAAAGCAUUUGUUGACCAAGAUUGGUGUUGAUGCAUCCUUGAGAUAUGCUAUACAUCUCAUAACAGCUUCUGCGUUGGCAUGCCAAAAGCGAAAGGGAAAUAUUGUGGAGAUGGAGGAUAUUAACCGAGUUUACCAUCUGUUUUUGGAUGUGAAGAGAUCAACACAAUACUUGAUGGAGUAUCAGAGUCAGUACAUGUUCAGCGAGGAAGGUGACGACGAUGAUACCAAUGCCAUGCAAUCUUGAGAGAUUUCUUCAGCCUAGAAACAACUGUUUAUUUUUGUAUCUUACUUUCGUGUAGGCAGCACUGAACUUAUUCAUGUGAAAAUUGCAUUACUACCUUGGUAUGUAAUGUUUAACUGUUAGAUUUUCGGUGUGAAUCUGUAAGCUGAAAGCCGCAGCAGCAGCGUUUAAGGAGUUCUGAGAGGACAAAGUUGAACCGAUGCUGUUUUUAAUCCGUCGAAGAUUUAUUGAGCUUUGCUUUUUACAA